UGCCGGGGAGUGACGACUGAUUCACAACAACCAUAGAGACACAAAGGAGCUGCAGUGACAAUGUAGACAGUAGAUAGCUGUUCUUGCAACUCACAUAGAGCACUGUUUACUGUCACUCAAAUCCUGUUAAUGCAAUGAAGUGCAUUUGUCUCCGGGCUGCUAUCAGUUAGCUAAUUGUUGCUUUUGCACGUACGAAUCAUCUGAGUGAGAUAGCAGAGUGCACCAUUAGCUUAGCUACCGUUAGCUAUCUAAGCCCCUGAUUAGGCUCUGCUACUGGGAUUGGCUGCUCUUUCUCCUCUGGCCACUACAGCUGUGGAGCUCAUUUGUACUAUGGAGUUUCCUUUUGAUAUUAACCGGUUGUUUCCCGAGAGGGUCUCCAUUUUGGACCAGACCCUUGUUGCAGGCCAAAAAUCUGUAGGAAGGCCAGAUCUUCAAGCCCACAUAGCCACACUAAUUGAUGAACUUGGGAGAGCCUCAGCAAAGGCGCAGCAGCUUACAGCACCUAUAACAAGUGCGUCCAAGCUACAGUCCCAGAGACAUCAGCUGUUCUUGCUGAAGGAUGGAGAGCGCAAUGGAGGUCGCGGUGUGAUUGUGGGAUUUCUAAAGGUCGGCUACAAGAAGUUAUUUCUACUUGACCAACAGGGUGUGCACAUAGAGACAGAGCCGCUGUGUGUUUUGGAUUUCUACAUAGCAGAGAACUUGCAGCGACAUGGCUAUGGGCUGGAGCUGUUUGAUUUCAUGCUGAAGCACAAGAAUGUAGAGCCUGUGCUGAUGGCUUAUGACAGGCCCUCACCCAAAUUCUUGUCUUUCCUGGCAAAGCAUUACUGCCUGACACAGAGUGUUCCUCAGGUUAAUAACUUUGUGGUGUUUGAAGGCUUCUUUCUCAACAGAGCAGUGGCCCAGUUGAGAAAAGUUCCCCUAAGAAAGCCAGACGGAGAGAUCAAGCCAUACUCUUUGAUGGAGAGAGAAGUGGUACGUCAGGAGCAGAGGACACUUCCUUGGCCAUUUGCUCCUCCUCACUCACCCCAGCGGUCGGUAUCCUCCCAGUACUCCCACUCCCUGAGCGUCGGAUCCUCCCCCAACAGGGUGUCCCCUCAAAUCGCCCCAUCUUCUUCCCUUUGGGGCAACAGGGACCAGAGUCCACAGUCACCUCUCAUCGGGCGCUGCAGAACAAGGCGCGCCAGCCAACAGGGUCUAGCUGCCAGAGGCAACCUUUACAGUCGACACAUGGACAACAGAGCUCUUGGAUUGCUGGACAGACACUCGCCAGGUGUGAGACCAGUGGGGGAUCAGUCACAUGCACUUGGAUACACAGGCACACACAGGUUGGCCAGUAUUCACACACCACAAAACAGGUCCCAGCCCUCCCUUCUACCUCUCUCUUCAUUCAAAAAGGAUGACCAGAGCUCCUCAGACAGCAGUAACAUGCAACUGGACACACAUACUGAAGCACAUGGUGCUGAAGAGAAGAUUGACGCAUUGGACAAUCCACAGCUUCCAGCAGGAGGCAACCACAGAACUCUAUUGGAGAAGGGGAGUGCCAGAAACAGUCAAGGCUGGUCAUGGACUGUUGGACAGAACUGUUACACUGCCCAGUGGGUAAAGCAGAAACAGGAAUACAAGAGCACCCGUCCCUGGUGAUCAGGGGCCAGUUCUGUGAUCACAGCUGUACUAAAAUUAAAAUAUAUAUGUAAAUGUUGAUGCAAAACAGCUUCUGUGUGACCUCUACAGUUGUUCAGUAACUGUGAUGCAGGGAAUUCUUGACAACAUGCAGAAAUAGUUAUGAUUUGAGACCAAAUUUCAGUGCCAAAGCACUUCACUGGUGUGAUAUUUUACUUCCUGUCUUGGCCAGGUUCCAAGAUGUUCACCUGUUAAUCCCCUCCUCAUAUCUGGUUAAUCCAAAUGACGUUGGGAGCAAAAUUUGUUACUUAACUAGCCAUUAGACAACAGGCAUCCAACUAUUAAAAGAUACUUGUCUAAACAACAGAUUUAGUUUAAGUAACUUGUUUAACUACAUUUCAGCCAUUGCUUCAAUAACUUCAUUAAUAACCACUGCACUGAGUUAAGUUGGUUUUAGUUAUUUAAGCUAACAAGCAGGAUGCCUUGGAUGUGUCCCUCCAUAUAAGCUGGGCUAUGCUCAAGGUUUCUUCCUGUUAAAAGGGAGUUCCUUGCGUUCAGGUUUGCUCUAGAGGUUUCAAGUCAGCUUUUGUAAAGUGUCUUGAGACAAGUUGUAUUGUUAUUGACACUAUAUAAAUACAAUUGAAUAGAACUGAAUGGAACAGACAAGAACAAUCAAAACAAUGCAUUUGUUGUCCAAAAUGUCCUCAACAAAACCCAUGAAUGUUUUACUCUUUCGCAGUUUAUCCAAGUUGAACCAGCAGAUUUUGAUACACAUUCUGUGUAGUCCAGUGAAUUUCUGCAUUUGGUAGCUUUCUCAGAGAUGAGAACGUUAGAGAAACCAUACUGGAAAAAUAUUAACAAAAUGCGGAAGGCAAGGCCUCUUUAGUUCCUGUUUUCAUUCACGGAAGGUCGUGAAAAAGUCAUAUUUCAUAACAUCAGGGUCGCGCUCAGAUCGCUGCAGUGUACCGUGAUGGUUUAUAGUGUAUUUCUUUCAUUUUUUAAAAAAAGCAAAUAAUUGGCCGUUUAACAUCCUCACUAUUCUUCAGCAUAUGUAGCCACCAUGAGAAAGGUCUGGUGUAACACAGCCAUAUAGUACCAGACCCUAUCCAUGUGUAAUGCUGAUUUCAUAUCCACAUGACCACUGAAUAACACUGGACACAAUACCUACAAAACAGGAUUUUAUUUAUUUGUCUCCAAAUGGUUUCAUUGCCUGUCAAACACAUUCUGUUCCUUUACAAUACUCAGUAUUUGAGGUUUUUAUUCUCUAAAAGGACAGUAUUCAAUAAACGGUACUUGAUGAGCAAACUAA